AUGCUUAUGACGACUUCAAUCUUGUUAUUCAUAGGAGCACUUGGUGAAGUGACUGAGGAAACCGAGCGAAUCGUGGAAGAUGCGGUUUUGAGAGCAUUGGAUUCGUUGAAUGCUCAAGUGGAUUCUUCCAGCGAACAAACUUCAGAACACAUUAUUGUGUCACAACAAGCCAACAGCGAAUCUAAGAUUGCUCAGUUCACCGGAGAGGUUUUGGAGGAGGCAACAAGGAUUUUGGUAGAGGAGUUUGGAAUGGAUAUUCUUCCAAUGGCAAACGAAGUAAUCAACAAGUGGAAAGCAGAGGAUGAAGAAUCACUAGCUGAAACCACAACAUCCCAUCCUGAAACCACACCCUCCGAACCUUCCCGUCGUAAACGAAACGCGAUAAUCCGCCCGAAACGACAAGCCACUCGCCGCGGACGACGAUGCUUCACUCCACCUACUGACUGCAAUAACAGAUUCCAUACCACAACUCGUGCAAUCACAGGAAUUUGUAAUAACCGGCAGAAUCCGGAACUCGGAAAUUCAGUUUCGCCGUUUCGUCGAAUUUUGGGCGGAGCUUCUUACGCAGAUGGUCUCGGAAGAAUAAGAACAAGAAGUGUGAAUGGAGGGAACCUUCCAUCGGCUAGACUCAUCUCCAAUUCUCUGCAUGAUGACAGAAAUAAUCAAGUGUUUUCUCCAACCAUCAACCAUUUGCACAUGAUUAUUGGUCAAUUUAUUGCCCAUGAUGAGAUUUUCAUGCCAUCCUCUGUGGCUAGAGAUGGUGGUGCUCUUGAUUGCUCAGCUUGUAAUGCUGCGACCCGCGUAUCCUCAAACUGUGCUCCAAUCACAAUACCCCGCAAUGAUCCAUACUUCCGAACGCCAUGUAUGCGACUGACACGAGCUCUCAACGGACAAGAAAACUUUGGAGUUCGCACUCAAAUUGAUCAGAACAGCCAUUUCUUGGAUCUGUCCACUGUCUAUGGGUCGGCUGAUUGUGAAGCUGAAACUGUUAGAUCAUUCAUUGAAGGAAAACUUCUCACAUUUGGUGAUCUCGGAUACACUUUGCCCCCACAGAAUCUGAAUGAUUCCAACUGUCAAUCUUUUGCUCCACUUCAUUGUUUUACUUGUGGAGAUUUCAGAAACAGUCUUCAUCCUGCACUUAUUCCAGUUCAUACUGUAUUCAUCAAAGAGCACAACAGACUGGCAGAACAAGUGAGAUUGGCCCGUCCUCGGAUGUCAGAUGAACAAAUAUUCCAACUUGUUCGAAAGAUUAUGAUUGGCACGUGGCAACAUAUUGUGUUCAACGAAUACAUUCCAAAGUAUUUGCCGGCUAGAACCAUUCGAAACUUUGGAUUAAGACCGUUGAGAAGCGGAGCUCACAGGGGAUACAACCCUUCUCAAGACCCAUCUAUCUCAGCCGAAUAUGCCGGAGCAGCAUUUCGAUUUGGUCACAGCCAGGCCAGAUUUGAUUUCCCACGACUUACGGAAGCAGGCCGCCCAGCCGGAAACUUUGAUCUAGGACACGAUAUUUUCUAUGCUGAUCAGAACUAUUUAGCUGGAAUUGGAGGAUGGGAACCUGUUAUGAAUGGGAUGGUGCGAACGCCAUCCAUGAAAUCCGAUCGUUAUUUUUCAUUUGGAAUUAGAAAUCAAAUGUUUGAAAUCAGAGGUAGAAAUGGGUCUGGAGUGGAUCUAGUAUCCGUGAAUAUUCAGAGAGGAAGAGAUAUGGGAUUGUUCCCUUAUAUCAAAUACAGGCAACUCGUUGGUCUACCUCCUGUCUCGACGUUCAGUGAUCUAGACAGCACAAUGUCACAGGAAAACAUUCGGGCUUUAAGAAAUGUGUAUUCGGAUCCAGCAGAUAUUGACUUGUAUGUGGGAAUCAUGUUGGAGGAACCGCUAGCAGGUGGUCAGUUAGGACCAACUGCUUCGUUCAUUAUUGGAGAACAAUUCAAAGCUUUGAAAACUGGAGACCGAUUCUUCUACGAAACAAUCACCGAGGGAACGGAUAAUUUCACACAAGAAGAAAUCGACGAAAUCAGAAACAAUGUGUCUCUGGCAAAACUGAUUUGCACCAACAUGGAUUUUGCCGUAAGAAUCAGUUCGGAUAUUUUUGAUCAUCGAAGCAGACAAGUGGCAUGCUCGUCUCUCCCCCAAAUCAACAUUGAGAAGUUUCUCCGAUAG